AUGUUUGGCUCAAAGAAAGACCUCAAGCAAUGGAACAAGUCUCGGAACGAGACCCGCAAGAACCUAUCCGGGGCCACGCGCACCCGAAUCCGUGGCCCGGGGGACGGGCGGCAAACGACCCCAGGCAAUAACGUCACCUUCCAGCGCCUGUCUGUCGCGGGAAUACACGUCACAGGGGUGCCUUUGGAUGACCUGGAGCGGGCGGCGUCGACCCUGAUCGAUGCGUUGGCCUUGCGCCGAGACUACAUGGAAAUCUCGGGGCAGGCGUUCCCGGAGACACUGGCCUACUACCUCACGCAUCGGGAGUCGCCUCCCAAGGAUCUGCAGCACGAUGACGUCAUCGACUUAAGCCGGGCCGUGAUUAAAUUUGAUGACGCGGCGGAGGAGCAGUGCGUAAUCCUGAAGACGUGCUCAUCGGAAGACCUGGCGCUACUGCAGAACCUCGACUUAAGCAGCUGGCCGCACUCCGUUACACGAUUUUCGUUGCCUGGCACUUUGUCAACUAUCUUCCCUGGACAGCAUAGAGGUUCAUGUGACAGUCAAGAGGACUUCAGUGGGAAUGAGCAACUACAGUCGGAAGACCCGUGGGCGGGCCCGCAGCCGGCAGACCGGCACUACGUGUGCCGCUGGAAGCGUGGCGUGGUCCACGUGUACCGAAGUGCCGCUGACGCCUCCGACCACCGCCCGCUGCGCUACCGAUACCUGCCCUUCGAGAAGUACGUGGAGGACAUGGCGCGGCUUACCGCUAUGAUCAGCGACGGACCGUUGAAAUCGUUUUGCUACCGCCGCCUGAGCUACCUGUCUUCCAAGUAUAAGAUGCACGUGUUGCUGAACGAGUUGCACGAGCUGGCGCUGCAGAAGGCGGUGCCGCACAGGGAUUUCUAUAACGUCAGGAAGGUGGACACCCACAUCCACGCAGCGUCCUGCAUGAACCAGAAGCACCUACUUCGCUUCAUCAAGCGCACGCUGCGCUCGCAGCCCGGCGCGGUGGUGGCGCUGAGCCUCGGCAGGCCCAUGACGCUCAAGUCCGUGUUCGAGGAGAUGCAGCUGGACGCCUACGACCUCAACGUUGAUAUACUAGACGUGCAUGCUGACCGGAACACAUUUCACCGAUUCGACAAGUUCAACGCAAAAUACAACCCUGUGGGGGAGAGUAGACUUCGGGAGGUGUUCUUGAAGACUGACAACUAUAUGAAUGGCACUUACUUCGCUAGUAUUAUUAAGGAAGUAAUGAGCGACUUUGAAGAAAACAAGUACACUUACGCGGAGCCGCGGUUAUCCAUCUACUGCAAGAGCGCGGCGGAGUGGGGCAAGCUGGCCUCCUGGGCGAUACGACACCAGGUGCAUUCGCCCCACAUGCGAUGGCUGGUGCAGGUUCCUCGGCUAUACGAUAUCUACCGCAUUAACAAGCUGCUGAAGAACUUCCAAGAGUUCCUGAACAACCUAUUCGACCCGCUUUUCAAGGUUUCCGUGGACCCUAACACAAAUACUGAACUGCACAAGUUUCUGACUCACGUGAUAGGUUUCGACAGCGUGGACGACGAGUCAAAGCCCGAGAACCCCAACUUGACUGAGAACAUGAAAUCGCCCGAGGAGUGGGACGACGAAGAGAACCCUCCGUACGCGUACUAUCUAUAUUACAUGUACGCGAAUAUGGUAACACUGAAUCAAUUGAGAAAAGAACAAGGUCUGAACACUUUCGUUCUACGUCCGCACUGUGGCGAAGCGGGUCCGCCCGUACAUCUGUGCGCCGGAUUUUUGCUCGCCGAAAACAUCUCCCACGGGCUGAUGUUGCGUAAGGUGCCAGCGCUGCAGUACAUCUACUACCUGGCGCAGAUCUUCAUCGCGAUGUCGCCGCUCAGCAACAACUCGCUGUUCCUGCGCUACCACCGAAACCCGCUGCCAGACUACCACGCCAGAGGUCUACGCGUAACGCUCAGCACGGACGAUCCUUUGCAGUUUCAUUACACUAAGGAACCGCUGAUGGAGGAAUACAGCGUUGCGGCGCAGGCGUGGAAGCUGAGCGCGUGCGACAUGUGCGAGCUGGCGCGGAACUCCGUCAUCAUGUCCGGCUUCUCGCACGAGAUGAAGCAGCGCUGGGUGGGGCAGCACUACGAGCGACCGGGCGCGCCGGGCAACGACAUCACGCGCACCAACGUUCCCGACGUGCGGCUCGAGUAUCGCCACGAGACGCUUGUCGACGAGCUAGAUAACCUUUUUCAGAAAACAAUGGCAGGACAGAAUCCGCAGUAAGAAAAUUCAUGAAAACAAAGCGUUUGUAAAUAUCACAUAUUUAUUUAUCAUUAUAAAUUUACAAAUAAAUACACAACGCUACA